GAUGCAUUAUAUAAAUAGUGGAAGCUCCACCAAGCAGUCUAUGAAUUAGAAUUAUCUUCCUCUCACCGGCGCCGUUAGCAUUUGCACAUAUUUCCUCAAUAGUUUCCCCAAUCCACACCUACAUAUCCAACAUUGCAUAUCAUGUCUCGCCUCGGAACUGGAGACUUGCGUCGGAUUUUCAAGAACCUCGACAAGAACGGCGAUGCCCAGGUGAGCCUCAAGGAGCUCAAACGGUUGCUCGAGAAAAUCGGUGUCCAUCAAAAUGUGGACGAGCUCAAAUUGUCUAUAGGAAUACCGAGCCUCGACUUUGACGAGUUAUUGUACUUUUACGAGUCUAUAUCUUCGGAACGAACCAUGGGGAGCGGUAGCUUAGAAUUGCCGGAGGGCAAUGAAGGAGACGGCGAUCAAGAGACCGACCUUGCCGAGGCGUUCAAAGUGUUUGAUUUGAACGAUGAUGGCUUCAUUUCCUGCGAGGAGCUCCAAAACGUCCUUUCGAGACUAGGGUUAUGGGACGAGAGAAGCGGGAUAGAUUGCAACAACAUGAUUUGCGCAUACGAUACUAAUAGCGGCGGGAGGCUCGAUUUCGAAGAAUUCAAGAGGAUGAUGUUGAUUACAAUUCCUUGA